AUGUCCAACGCCGACUACAGCAACCUUCCCCGUUUUGACGACCUCCCAGGAAUGGAGGGCAUGCCAUCUGGCUGCGCCUGGGGUGUCUUCGACCGAGACGGCAAAAAGGAUCACCUUGGAUGCAUCAACCUUCUCACCCCACCAGUAGUCCAAGCAGCCCUCCGUGAAGCCCAAGACGGCGAGUCCGUAUCGCUAAACUGGCCGAUCAACGCUCUGCAUAUACCAGCAUUUGGACGCGCUGGACUUCAACAUCAAGUACUUUCCUUUCAGGAUAAGGAAGACGAGCAUCACAGGUUACAUGGUUUUGAUGACGAAGUCACCUUCAACACGCAGUGCUCCAGUCAAUGGGAUAGUCUGGUGCACUAUGCGCACCAACACACUCAACUGAGCUACAAUGGUGUUCGACCAAGUGUACAGACUCUCGAACAAUCAUCUACUCCGUUUACUGUCGACACCAGUCUACCGACUCUGAACCACUGGCACAACCGUGGUGGCAUAGUUGCUCGCGGUGUUCUACUCGAUUAUAAAGCCUACGCUGAUGCACAUGGUAUCAAAUACUCACCCUUUGACGCGCACGGUAUCACUGUUGAUGAGCUUGAUGCUGUUGCCAAGUGGGAAAGCGUAUCCCUGCGCCAGGGUGAUAUCCUCAUAGUCAGAUCUGGGUAUACACGUGCCCUACAGGAGAUGUCGCCUGAGCAGCAACAGGAAGCAUUGAAGGGUGGUCGUGCAGUAGGAGUCAAAGGAUGUGCUGAGACGGCGAGAUGGGUAUGGGACCACCAUUUUGCUGGUGUUGCUGGCGAUGCUCUUGCAUUUGAGCAACUGCCGCCUAUGAGAGAGGACAAGUCGGAGGGAGGCAUUGGUGAUCUGGUUCUGCAUCAAUACUUCCUUAGCUUAUUCGGUUUGAAUAUUGGUGAGCUGUGGGAUCUUGAGGCGUUAUCGAGGAUGUGUGCAAGCAAGAAGAAGUACUCUUUCCUGCUAACGAGUUGUCCGCUUAAUGUGCCAGGAGGUGUGGGAAGCCCUCCAAAUGCUCUAGCAGUUUUUUAG